AUGAAAUCCAAACUUAGUCCUAAGAACCUCUCUGAUAUCAUGAAAAAGUAUCAUAUUGAUCCUGAUUUCAAUCUUCAUUUUCCCAAGCCUGGGGAUGCCAUUGUUGACACUCCAGAAGUUCUAGAUUACUAUCAUCUGCACAUCACUCAGAUUACUCCUAAUGGUUUUCAGAAAAUCAUUUGCUUCGUGAUGUUAUGUUCUUCCGUAGACGUUACGCCUUCUAUCACCCUAUUCCACCAUUUAUACAUUACUAUGUCCAAUGACGAUUGGGUAUCUUUCUCCCUUUGCCAUGGCCCGGUGGAGAUCUGCAACGGUAUUCCUACUUCUACAAAUUAUUAG